AUGGCCAAAGGGAGACGCUUCAACCCACCUUUAGACAAGGAUGGAAGAUGGUUCCCUCACAUUGGACUAAUGCAAAAGACACCAGAAUCCAUCACACGUACCAUGUUAGAAGAGUCCAAUAGUCCACGUUUAUCUCGGAGAGUGGAGGAGAAGCUACCACUGAUCUACAAAGUGCGGGAGAAGCAAGCAGUGAAUAACAACUUCCCCUUCUCUGUACACGACAAUCGUCACAGCUGUCAGAACUCUGGAUUCUACCUUGACUCUGGCCUGGGACGUAAGAAGGUCUCCUCAGAAAAAAGGCAACACAUUUCAAGAAAUUUCAAUCUUUGGGCCUGUGACUAUGUUCCAUCUUGUCUCGAUGGCUUUUCAAAUAACCAAAUAUCAUACGUCUAUCAGGAAGCUGUGGUGGUCCCAAUUUUCAGACGCUUUCCAAGACAUUAUGAUGAGUUAUGGAACACUUUUAAAUUUAUUCCCCAGCAAAGCUAUACAGAGUAUUUGAAAAAGAAUCCAAAAGUAAGGUUCAUGAUUAACAAAAAGGCCGGUUCUCCACUGGAGCCCUAA